GGCGCCUGCCUCAGCGUUGUGCCCAGCGUGGUGCCCAGGCAGGGCCCAAGCGUGGGUGCAGAGGAGGGAGCAGACCAAGAGUAGACGGUCAUUUUAGGUCAGAGUGGACGCACGUUUUGGCUCAGGGAGUCGACCCUGGGCGGCCGCAUUGCCCAGUGUCCUCAGGAUCCUUUGCCCUCUUCCUAGGAUGCCCGUGAGCCAAGAAUCCGGCUCUCCCUCGGCGCGGCGCGUCGCCGCCUGGAUUCUCCCUUCGAGGCCGCCGCCAACUGGUUAAAACGCUUUAGGGAGGCCUCACUCCACACCAGGCACUGACGUGACCGACAGCAGGCGGGUCCCAGCCACAGCUGCAGGACCAUGAACGGUACCUGUCACUCCAGUGAGCUCACCUGGCCCUACUGGGUCAAGAACGUCGUGGACGCCUACGUGGGCCUGCUGCUGGCGCUGGGGCUGCUGCUCAACGGCCUGGCGCUGUGGGUGUUCUGCUGCCGCGUGCGGCGGUGGACGGAGACGCACAUCUACGUGGCCAACCUGGCCGUGGCCGACCUCUGCCUGCUCUGCGCCCCGCCCUUCUUCCUGUAUUCUCUGGAGCAGAGAACCGAGGACACGCUGUUCUGCCAGCUCUCCCAGGGCGUCUACCUGACGAACAGGUACACGAGCAUCAGCCUGGUGACGGCCAUCGCCGGGGACCGCUACGUGGCCCUGCGGCACCCGCUGCGCGCCCCCGCCCUCCGCUCCCCGCGGCAGGCCGUGGCCGUGUGCGCGGCGCUCUGGGCGCCGGUGACGGGCUCGCUGGCGCUCCGGCGGGCCCUGGGGGUGCGGGCGGGCGGCUUCUGCUUCCUGAGCGUCUCCCGGCAGGGCUCCAACACCACGGCCUUCUCCCUGCUGGGCUUCUACCUGCCGCUGGCCGUGCUGCUCUUCUGCUCCCUGCGGGUGGUCGCUGCCCUGGGCCAGGGGCCGGCCGCCCACGCGGACCAGGCAGAGGCCACCCGGAGGGCCACCCGCAUGGUCUGGGCGAACCUGGUCGUGUUCGUGGCCUGCUUCCUGCCCUUACACGUGGUGCUGGCGGUGCGCGUGGCCGCGAGCCGCAGCGCCCCCACCCCCGCCCUCUGCUACGCCCUCUACGUCACCAGCAAGCUCUCAGAUGCCAACUGCUGCCUGGACGCCAUCUGCUACUACUUCAUGGCCAAGGAGUUCCAGGAGGAGGCGUCGGCACUGGCCUCCAUGCCCACUGCCAAGGCCCACAGGAGCCGGGACUCUUUCUCUGUGACCCCGGCCUAGGACGCAAGUCGCGGGCACGCGGGCCAGGUCCCGGGCUCUCCGGGAGGUGCUGCCUGCUGGGGGCGCCCCGGCUCACCGUGGAUGGGGGCAGGCUCCGGGGGGCCUGGCGGGGUGGCGACGACCCAGGCACGGACCCUGCGGUGGUGUCGCGCCCAUCCCCGGGGUGGAAGAGGGUGGGAGGACUGAGCGAGGUCAACCCCUGGGGCCCUGAGAUCGGGCCAACACCUGCAGUGCCCAGGGUGUGGUGCCCCCGGGGUACUGGGGCGGACGCUUGCUCUGUGCCUGGAGGCCUCCACGGCCAGCUUUCCGCAGCCAACCUACAGCGGUUGGAAUAAAGCUGUUCCCCUGACCUUGUCA